AUGAGCUCGGGGAGACGCAGCGAGCUUCGCGGGGAGCGGGCGAGGGGCAGGGCGGCCACUAGGGUGCGCUGCGAGACCGGGAAUCCCCGCCGGGGCACUCCACCCCCGGCCGCCGCGCCGCCGCGCCGCCCGGAGCCGCGCGCAAGCCGGGCCCUUGCCCCCCUCGAACUCGAAUUUACAGGGCGGCUCUCGGUCUCCGCUUUCAGACUCGAGGUCCGGGCGUGGGAUGCGCUGCCCGCGGCGGUGCUAACCCCGGGGGACCGGGCGGGGCCCCCAGCGCCGCGCCGCGGGCCUGGCCUUUCCCUCGACCGAGGCCGAGGAGCGCGCGAGGCCCACGUCCGGCUCCGCCCGGGACGCGGGUGCGCUCGGACCGCGGCGGGCGGCUGGCCCCGCCGCCGGUUCAAGUGCAUCCCCGGGGUUGGAGUCCGCGGCGCUGGGAGCGAGUUCCCCUCGCAGCCCCAUCUCCGGAGUCCAGCGUGGCCCGCCGCUCCCGGGAGCCCUCUCCCCGGCCCUCCUGGUUGCGCUGGGCCGCCGGCCUACGGCAGGGACCCGGCCCCGGGCCCCCGGCCGCAGGCUCCCAAGUCCAACGUGGAGGCUCCGCCUGGAAAAGAAGUCCGACUUCCUCUCCACCGCUGCUCCGAGGGGAAUCUGGACUCAGCAGGAAAUUGUUCGAGCGCCCAGCCUGCGCCUUUACAGUCAGCCCUCGCUCUGCUGAAGAGAAGCAGCUCCCACCAAAGUCUUGCCUCCCCCUCCCCCCGAAAGCCCCGCGCAGAGCGAAGAACCAGUCUAGCAUUCACAGCAGCCUCUCACAAGUGUCACUCAUCUUGCAAAACCCAAAGAGGGUAUAAUUACAGUCCCUGCUUUAAGAAUUUUACUCCCUAGUAGUGAGUCUGUGAUAUCAACAUCAUUACCCAGGCAAUGAAGGUCAUAAUGGAUUUUUUUUCCCUGAAAGAUGAAAAGAACACAGGGGACACGGGUUCGAUCCUUGGUCCGUGAAGAUCCCACAUGCCGCAGAGGAACUAAGCCUGUGUGCCACGACUACUGAGCCUGCAUGCCUCAGAGCCCAUGCUCUACAACAAAAGAAGCCACCGCAAUGAGAAGCCUGUGCACCACAAUGAAGAGUAGCUCCCGCUCGCCGCAACUAGAGAAAGCCCGCGUGCAGCAACAA